CCCCGGCUUCCAUUUCUGUUUCUGGCUACACGGCGCUAGAGAGGAGAAUCUCCGUUUUUUCUAUGUAUAUAUCUUAAUGUAAAUAAAAAUAUAUACUUUCCCGUUGCAAGCACCUACGCCGAAACAAGAAGCCCACCAGAAAAACUGGAAAAGCAACGGAAGCUGGCCUUUUAUUUCACAUUUUAACUUCGCUACGCUACCGAACGGCGUUUUUCCGCCGUUUUUUUUUUUUCCUUUCGCCCCACUCACUCUCCCCCCGUGUGAGUCGGGGCCUGUGUUUUAGCCACGAGGUACGUCGGACCAGCGGGAAUCGGGCGAUGGCGGAGUUCGGAAACGGACUGGCAGAGGAAUCGCUGCUGGAUUCAGACACCGGUCAUCCGGAGCUGGAGGACCCCGGUGUAGGCGACGAAGAACCGGGACUAGAAGAGGGAGAGGCCGCUAUCGAGGACCCGGAGCUGGAGGCCAUUAAAGCCAGGGUGCGAGAGAUGGAGGAGGAGGCUGAGAAGCUGAAGGAGCUACAGAACGAGGUGGAGAAACAGAUGAACCUGAGCCCUCCACCCGCAGGUCCUGUCAUCAUGUCCAUCGAGGAGAAGAUGGAAGCUGACGGCAGGUCAAUUUAUGUAGGAAAUGUGGACUACGGCGCCACGGCGGAGGAGCUGGAGGCUCACUUCCACGGCUGCGGCUCCGUCAACAGAGUUACCAUCCUGUGUGACAAGUUCACCGGGCAUCCCAAAGGGUUUGCGUAUAUCGAGUUUGCGGAUAAGGAGUCUGUGCGGACAGCCAUGGCCCUGGAUGAGUCCCUGUUCAGAGGGAGGCAGAUUAAGGUGGGAGCGAAACGGACGAACCGGCCGGGCAUCAGCACCACGGACCGCGGCUUCCCCAGGGCCCGCUUCCGCUCACGGGGAGGGAACUUCGCCUCAUCCCGCGCGCGGUACUACAGCGGAUACACGCCGCCGCGAGGCAGAGGAAGGGCCUUCAGGGGCCGAGGGCGAUCGACAUCGUGGUAUUCCCCUUACUAAUAAAACCCCCCCAACCCCCCCCUUACUUUCAACCCCCUCUUUAAACCCCACAACCAACCCCCCCAACCCCCCCACAACAAAAAAAAAAGAAAAAAAUGAAAAAUGCCCCCAAAAACGGAAGAACGACGAGAAGAAAAAAAAAAAAAAAAAGACAAAAAAAAAGACAAAAAAAAAAAAACUUCUGCCCGGAGAGAAACAGACAGACUGGCCACAGUGUGCGGUUGUGUGUGCGUGCGUGUUGCGGAGGUGGUGCGGUCACUGGUAAGGUAUUAUAACGGCCAAUGGUGGAGAUUUGGUGGAUCUCUUUGAGAAGAUGAUGUUAAUGUCAGGCUGCAGAUGUGUGUCCUCGUCUGGCUGUGUGACACACACACACACACACACACACACACACACACAGCAACGACAGGAACAAGUAUUUCUAUCAUUUGUAUGGGAAGUGAAAUCGUUUUUUAAGUUGUUGGUUGCUGGGAGUGUCAUGUAUCACCGUUUUUUCUCUGUCUGAAUUUACCUCCCCGCCUCCCUUCACUCACAACUUCUGUUCAUCCAUCUUUCACCCCCUGGUCCCCCCGGACCCCAGGCCCCCCGGCCCCCUUUCUUAGCUGUGUCUCUGCCCGGGGCGGUCUGAGGAGGACCGGACCGCGUGCUUGCUCUGUGGGUUCCGCUCGUUUUAGGUGGAGUCUCCAGGGUUUUUUGUUUUGUUGUUGUUGUUUUUUUUUUUUUCCCCGGGAAGGUGCUCUGAUGUACUCCCUUUUAGUACUCUUAGCAUUCGUCAUUACGGAAUGCAUGGCUGGAGUCUGAUUUUAUUUCUGCUUUUUGUUUUGGUUUGUUCAGGUCCCGCCCCAACUUUGUUAC